AGUCUGUGCUUGUUUCCAAAAUUUAAAAUAAUUAUUUUGAAAGCUCUGUUUCUCUGAAAAAGGAAAUACGGGAUGCAAUACCCUUUAAUUUUCUCUAGAGCUCUGUGUUCCGUGCUUCUCCUAGUAUAAUCUAAAUGACGGGCAGAAUAUGCAGUGAAGCAAGGAAGCGUGUUGCCGUGGCCCUCUCGGGAACGAAAAAAUCAGCAGUAGCCGCACGAGUUCUUCAAGAAAGGGGCUACGAUGUGUUCGGUGUUCACAUGCUGGCUUGGAACGAACCAGACGCCAGGGGCUCAUAUCCUGGCGAAAAGCAAUGGCGUGCAGUGCAGGCCAUAAGCAAGCACCUGGGAAUGGAAUGCUUUCAGAUUGACUGUGUCAAACAUUACUGGAAUAAUGUCUUCACGCCUGCAAUUGAGGGCUUCAGCGCAGGGACCAACCAAAAUCCAGAUCUAAUGGUCAACAGAGAAAUCUUUUUCGGGUCUAUGCUGGAGCGCUGCGUGAAACAAUAUGGAGCUGACUACCUGGCAAUUGGUACUUGUGCUGUGGUUCGUAUUGAUCCAGCCGGAGAUGGGCAACAAGUUCAGUUGCUGUGCCCUGCUGAUAGCAGGAUGCCCGACAAUGCUUACUGGCUUUCACAAAUUCCGCAAUUAGCGAUGCAACGAGCUCUGCUACCGCUUGGCAACAUGUCGUUGGACGACAUCGAAAAAGUAUUCGUAGAGUCGGGGCUUUCAAAUGUUACCAUCGGACACAAGACCCGGGGAUUUGCGAACAUCGGUGCGCAUAACUUCCGUGCCCUGAUGUCCGAGUAUAUUGGAGAUCGGCCAGGGCCCGUAGCACUAUUGGAUGGCAAGGUUGUAGGUGCACAUUAUGGAGUGCACUAUUUCACGGAGGGGCAGGCGAUCCGUUUCGCUUGGCGAUCGAAGUGGCCGAGGCCAAAAGUUUCCUCCCGCUACUUUGUUAGUCGCCGUGAUGCGAGUACCCGUACACUGUUUGUGGCCGACGGUUACGAGAAUCCUGCGUUUUACUCGGAAGACCUUAUUGUUCGAAACUUGCACUGGAUUAGUGGAGAGCCUCCGGCUGGCCUGUCUAAAGACCGGCCUAUAACUCUUAGCAUAAAGAAUCGCCACUCGAACGAUCCGAUCACUGCUCGCGUCCUGGAGUGCCCGAAAUCCGUUGCCGGCAACCAGCGGCUGUUGAUGACUGUGUCAACGGCAAUACGCGGCGUCAAUCCCGGCCAAAUCUGCUCCAUCUACGAUGGCGACGUGUGUCUUGGUGGUGGUCCUAUCCAUAGCUGUCUCACGCAGAGUCCGAAGCAACCACCACUCGUGCCGGAUGCGCUGCCACGUCCUGUAUCUCUUUUCGAUGAGUGACGCAGUUUCGACUUUGGCGGACGUCUGGCCUCACGCAGAGUCCGAAGCAACCACCACUGCUACUGGAUGCGUUGCCAAGUCCAGUAUCUCUUUUCAACGAUUGACUUAGUUCCGACUUUGGCGGACGUUUGUCCGUUUGCCCUCAUGCAGAGUCCGAAGCGACCACCACUCGUGCCGGAUGAAUUGCCAAGUCCUGUAUCUCUUUUCGACGAGUGACACGGUUCCGACUUUGGCGGGCGUUGGUCCUCGCGCAGAGUCCGAAGCAACCGCCGCUAGUGUCGGAUGCGUUGCCACAUCCUGUAUCUCUCUUCGAUGAGUGGCGUGGUUCCGACAUUGGCGGACGCUUGUCCGUGUAGGUUUGGCAAUGGCAAGGAUGCUGAUUAACUCUAGAAACUGGAACUGGCUCCUGCCAAUCUGUAUGCAUUCUGAAUGAUGCAAAGCUGGGAAUUUUCCCAGGCUACUCACCUGUUGUGAAAAUCUCGGCAACCAGUCAUAGAUGUGAAUGGCUCGGAUACGUUCCUGCUUUCAAAGCACUUUGGAACUGUUCCGACGACUGAAAUAUUCCGCUCACUCGCACGACGUGUGCACCAGGAACGGAGAAUGAGUGUGGCCUUCCACUGCUGCACGGAUAGGCAUGCACUGUAGCCCAGCGGAGCGAGAGUGUCGGAUCACAGCGGUGUGAAAUGUCUUCAGGACUAGUGCCAUGACUAAGUGGGUAUUCCCCACCUCGUUCGCUCACCGUGCCCUAUGGGUGAGCAAUACUAGUAUGCACUGCUAGCUUUUGCACGGGUUAGGAACACUAUUGUUAGUGUCUUUCUCGUCUCAACUGUUCGGCCUGUACCGUUCCGGGUACUAUAGUCUAUAGUGUACACUUUAGCCGUCAUUUCCCAAUCUUCACGCACGCUCACUGAGUUAGAACUGGCUGCGCCACGCCUGGAUAGGAGGAUGCAGACUUGCCAGUUAUUUCCAACAGAAAGGGCACCGGCGCCUUGGAACUUAUCGGGUCCACCCAGGCAAUUUCUGAUUUCCUUCAGCACCUCGGUUAGUCCGUUUACUCCAAUAGCCAGUCACAUGUGAAGUGUUGUCUUACACAUGUACUGCUUCUUAUCGAUGUCACACUCAUCGUCCUACACACAUGAUUGAUUUCACAUCCUCUGAUAAAAUAUUUUAUUCGUUGACUGCUUUCAAAGCAUUAGCCGUUCAGAAUUGGCUUGUUGAGUGGUAAGAAGACGUUGGUGUGAUUAUUGAGAGCUGUGCAUAUCAUAUUCCUAUGCUAGGUGGAUUCUAGCUGAUCUGCAAUCAAAUUUCUUGCUUUUUCUUGCUUUUUUUUAAUGUAAUGUUUUAAUUUGCCUUGUUGGCAUUUCCAGAUCAUCAUAGUCUUCCACAUGGCACCAUACCGUAUGUUAUGGUGAUGUUGUUGAACCAUGCAAAUGACGGUCUUACUCUU